GAGGCCAUAGCACAGCCUGAGAGAAGCAGAGGAACACAGAUCUGUGUGCAGGACCUCAAAUUGAACCCUGAAGCAAGUUAUUUCAUAAGACAUCAGCUUCUGAAGUCUCGAGCCAUUAGUCUACAUCAAGAUGUGGAAAAAAGCGAAGGUUUCGGAUCCGACUGCUGCCGGGCAGGGCGGACUGCACAUUCUGCCCUCGAGACGAGGCAUCAAGAGGAGAUCGAAGGUUCCCGGUGUUAUGAUUACACAGUACAUCGAGGAACUUCCCGAGGGGAAAACUACUCCCGACUUCACCCGUAAGCCCAUCGCCUUAACCAUUCAAGAAGGAAAGCUAGCUGUUUUUAAAGCCAAAGUGGUCGGCGAUCCCACACCUACUGUAACCUGGAGUAGAGCCAAAGGAGAAAUGAAAGACCCGCAAAAGUUUCAGUGCAAAUAUGACCCAUCAACCAAUGAAUAUACUUUGGAGUUUCCCAAAGUCACCGGUGCUGAGGCUGAUACUUAAAAAUGCUAUGCUACCAAUGAAUUCGGAAAGGCCGUGUGUACUGUUGUUCUCAACAUCAUCGAAGUCGGAUUCAAAAAGGACAGAGAAUUGAAAAAAGCUGAAGUGGUCGGUGACCCUGCAGAGUUUAGAAGAAAGCUCAGAAGAAGCGCUGGCAAAAAUGUCGACGAGAAGAAAGAAGGUGACAUUGACGAAGCAGUAUGGGAAUUGUUGCUAAGCGCCGAGAAGAAAGAUUACGAGCACAUUUGCGCCGAGUACGGUAUCAAGGAUUUCCGUGGGCUGCUGAAGAAACUGGUGGAGAUGAAGAAGGAGAGAGAGGAGGAGCAGGCACAGUUCAUCCAACAUCUGAGUAAUCUGAAACCCAUUGAGGUGAAGAGCGAAGAUGCUGCCACCUUUGAACUGGAAAUGGAACUUAAAGACCCCAACAGUCGUAUUUUCCUUUACAAGGAUGGUGUCAUGAUUCCAUUUGGCAGAGACAUUGAGGGUGAAAUGAAGCACGGUUUGAAGCAAGUUGGCAAAAAAUACAUCUUCACUGUUAAAAAUCUCAGUCCUGAAGAUGCCGGAAUUUAUCAAGUGGAUGUUGAGGGCGUCAAUGUCUUCUCAACAGAUUUCAAGAUUGCUCCUGUGGACUUUGCACUGAAGAUUCAAGAGGUGAAGGCACAAGAGAGAGAAGAAGCCCUCUUUGAGUGUGUCCUAACUCAACCCCUCAAUCAGAUUGUUUGGACCCUAAAAAACACCCCGCUGACCAACAGUGAGAAAUUUGAGAUUACUGUUUCGGAGGAUAAACUGAUCCACAGGUUAAAAGUAAUUGAUUGUAUGCCUCUUGACACUGGAAUCUACGCUGCCAUAGCUGGAAUAAAGUCCAGCAAUGCUUGGCUUAUUGUAGAAGCUGACAAAGAUCCUGCAUAGAAGGGCAAGAAGAAAGCCCGUAAGACCACUCAGGCUGGCGGCGGUGGAGCCCAUCUGGAGAAGAUUGCUGCCGAGCAGGCGGAGAAGCACAAGAAGGAGAUGGUGGAAGCGAUGGAGACUGCUAAGAAAGCUCAGGCCGAACGUGAAGCGGCAGAAGCCGAAGAAAGAGCCAGAGCGGCGGUCGAAGCUGAAGCAGCUAAUGCGGCUGAGCAGGCGGCCGCGGCAGCGGCUGCUAAAGCUGCAGAGGAUGCUCUUAAAGCUGCUAAAGCCAAAGGAAUGUCUGCGGCGGAAGCUAAAGCUGCGGCUGAUAAAGCGGCGCUGGCUGCAGCCGCUAAAGCCAAAGCGCAAGCUGAGGAUGGAGCAAGGAAAGCAGCGGAGCUUAAAGCCCUUAGCAAGGGCCUGAGUGCGGAGGAGGCGGCUGCGGCCGGAGCAGUGGCGGCUGCUGUGAUAGCUGCAGGCCUUGCAGGGGCUGAAGCUGGAAAGGCAGGCGGUGCCGGUGGUCCUGGCGGUGUCGGUGGUCCUGGCGGUGUCGGUGGUCCUGGCAGUGUCGGUGGUCCAGGCGGUGUCGGUGGUCCAGGCGGUGUCGGUGGUCCAGGCGGUGUCGGGGGUCCUGGCGGUGUCGGGGGUCCUGGCGGUGUCGGGGGUCCUGGCGGUGUCGGGAGCCCUAGCGGUGUUGGGGGCCCUGGAAGAGCUGCUGGGGCUAAAGGAGCUACAGGAGCAGGAGGAGCUUCAGAAGCCAAAGGAGCUGUUGGAGCUGGUGGAGCUGGAGGUGCAGGUGGGGCCGGUGGAGCUGGAGGAGAGGGAGUUGCCGGUGGAGCUGGUGGUGCUGGUGGUGCAGGAGACGCUGGAGGAGCCGGUGGGGCUGCAGGUGCUGGUGGGGCUGCAGGUGCCGGUGGGGCAGGAGGCGCCGGAGCUGGUGGUUCAGGAGGGGAAGGUGGUGAUGGAGCUGGAGAUGACGAAGGUGAAGGUGGAGACAAAAAGCGCCAGAGAACAGGACCUCUUGUGCCUGAUACUGUAAUAGGUGGAAGUAAUCCAUCAGAUAAAGGAACCGGCAAGCCAUCCGGGUCCAGCAAGAAGUCCGAUUCGGCAAAGUCACCCGGUUCUGGAGCUCCAUCAGGUUCUGGUAGCGCAUCGGGUACGGGAACCCCGUCCGGUUCUGACAACGCUUCAGGUUCCGGUACCCCGUCGGGUUCCGGUAGCGCUUCGGGUUCUGGGGAUCCACCAGGUCCCGGAAAGCCUCCAGGUUCAGGGGGUCCAUCAGACGGCGGCAGCGGUGAAGCUGCAGAAGACGACAAAGGGACUGAAGAUGAUAAAGAGUCAGGUGAUGCCAGAAAGCGUUCGGGUCGCUCAAAGCAAGGAUCACAGGUUGCAGAGAAGGUUGUUGAUCCCGGUGUGCAUUUUUCUGCCGGCCUGGAUGACUGUAAAGCUUUUGUAGGAGAAGCGGCUGAACUGGUCUGCAAACUUAGCAGUGCUGAGGCAAAGGGCAUCUGGUACAAAGAUGGCACUGAGAUUACUGACACCACUGAGGGCAUGACCAUCAGCCAGGAUGGUGUCAAUCAUAAACUGAAAAUUCACAAAGUCACAGAGGAAUAUGCGGGAAAAUACAAAUUUGAGGCUGAUGGGCGAAAAACGGAAUGUUCAAUUGUGGUUGAAGAUCCACCAAGAUUCAAUGCUGAUGAUAGUGAAGAAUUCGCCAAGCCUAUUGUGGUGAAGCAUAAUCAAAAAGCGGCCUUCAAAAUGUCAUUUGUUGGCCGUGAGCCAUGCAAAGUUCAGUGGUACAAAGACGGCGAGGAGAUUAUGCAAGACAACAACUGCAGGAUUGAGAUUUUAGAGGGUCAGAGCCGUCUGCUUCUUAACAAACUACAGCGUAAAGACACCGGGCAGAUAAAGAUCAAAAUCAAAAAUGAGUUUGGCACCACUGAAGCACUUUCUAAUUUAGUUGUACUCGAUAAGCCUAACCCUCCACUUGGUCCUCUGGAGAUCAUUGAGGCAUCUUCCAACUGCAUCGAGGUCAAAUGGAGACCUCCAAAAGACGACGGCGGAUGUCCAAUUAAACAUUACAUACUUGAGCGCAAUCAAAUCGGGCGCAACACGUGGAAUAAAAUAGGCCAGAUCCCACCUGAAGCCCACUACAAAGACAGCGACGUCGACCACGGCAGGAGAUACUGCUACCGUAUCAGAGCCCAGACUGAAGAGGGCACCAGUGAACUGAUGGAGACCGAAGAUGUUCAGGCUGGCACUAAAGCGUAUCCCGGUCCGCCGUCUGCUCCCAAAAUAGUCAGUGCCUUCAAGGAUUGCAUUAACCUGACGUGGACUCCCCCAUCCAACACCGGAGGAACUAAUAUUUUGGGUUAUAACUUGGAGAAACGCAAGAAGGGAAGCAACCUGUGGGGUCAGGUCAAUCCACAGGCGGAGCUCAUCCAAGCAAAGAAAUACGCUGCCAUAGAUGUAGUUGAAGGAAUGCACUAUGAAUUCCGUGUGUCUGCCGUCAACAUAUCAGGAGCUGGAGAACCAAGCGUUCCCUCAGAAUUUGUAUUUGCCAGAGAUCCAAAAAAACCUCCCGGUAAGGUCAUUGAUCUUAAAGUGACAGAUUCCACCUACACCACCCUGUCCUUGUCUUGGACUAAACCAAAAGAGCAGGCAGGUGUGCAGGACGAAGCCAAAGGGUACUUUGUUGAUAUCAGGCCUGCUGAGAACCGCGAGUGGAAUCGAUGCAACACGAACGCUAUCAUCAUGACCUCCUACACUGUGAAGGGAAUGAAAUCGAUGGGCAUGUAUUGGGUUAGAGCGGUUGCCACCAAUGAAGGUGGAGAAGGUGAACCACAAGAACUAAACAACUACGUGUUGGCAAUGCCCCCUCCAGUGAGACCAAGAUUCACGGACGCUAAGGUAAAGAGCUUCAUGGUGGUCAGAGCUGGAAAUGCUGCACGAUUCAACAUGAACUUCGAGGCGUCUCCAUGGCCCGAUGUCAUCUGGCUUAAAGAUGGAAGUCCAGUGUCUAAACGGGUCACUGUCAGCAAUGCUGAGGGAGGAUCUCAAAUCCUGAUCCCAUCUGCAGAACGCUCCGAUACAGGAAUCUAUACCAUCUUAGUCAAGAACGUGGUGGGACAGGAGACCUUCAGUAUUGAGAUUAGAGUCACAGAUGAACCGAAGCCUCCCGGGCCCGCGGAGCUGGAUGAGAACGUGCCGGGCACCGUGACAGUUUCCUGGGAACCGUCACCAGACGAGAAGCGCGAUGAUCACCUGCAUUACAUGGUGACCAAGAGAGACUCCAGCAAGAGGACCUGGCACACGGUAGCUGACCGCAUUUUCAACAACCGUUUCACCGCCUGUAACAUCAUGCCAGGGAGAGAAUACCAGUUCCGCGUCUACUCCAAAAACGAUAUCGGCCUGUCUGCUCCAUCUGAGUCACCCAAGUGGCUCAUCACAUGCAAGAAAGAAAAAUUCAAGCUGAACAUCCUGGAGUCUAAGACAUGCAACUUGGAAAGGCCUCCGAAGUUCAUGGUCCCACUGAAAAUCCACACGGCCCCGCAAGGCUACGAGUGCUACAUGACCUGUGCCUUGAGGGGCAGCCCUACGCCCCACAUCACCUGGUACCGCGACAACAUCAGCAUCAACACCAACACCAACUACCUCAUCACGAACACCUGCGGAGUGUGUUCCCUGCUCAUCCUCAGAGUCGGACCCAAAGACAUGGGAGAGUACAAAAUCACCGCCGAGAACCCGUUAGGAAGAGCCGAGUGCGCUACCAAACUCAACGUCAGAGAAUAAAACCACAACAUGAUGAGGUUAUCAAAACACGCCGCUUGCCAGCCAUCGUUUCUGCUGUUUUCACUGGUUUUUGGGCUCUUUGUAGAACUACAGUAUUAAAAACGUUUUUGCAGAAUAGCAUAUUUUUGUGGCACAUGGGAAUUGGUCUACGCCAUGACCUUUUUACAUUUUGUUUUAAUGCUUUCAUGCAAAGUGACGUAGAGUGCCUUGCAGUACAUUUCAUCACCUACACAAUAACGGUAAAACCAACUGCAUGUGAAAGAUUGUGUGUCAUUAUACAGUUCAUAGCACAAAAAUCUGACUGUCAUGUUUUACAGGGGAAAAAAACAUUGUACUGUGCUUGUGCUGUGGCAGCAUGCUCUCAAUUCAGUUUGACUAAGAUUUCAUUUGAACCCUGUUAAGAUUUUAGGAUUUUACUGUCGCUCAAAAUUGUAUUUAUUUAUUUAUUUGUCCUUUGGUUAUUUUUCUCAGCAUGCACUACAGUAUAGGGAAAAGAAUUGUACUGUUGGAUUUUCUCGCCUCUUUUUUCUUGUUCUUUCUUGGCCUGAAAUGCUACAGUGUCAAGGAAACACAAGAGCCUGCAAAUAUUCCGAUUUGCAUCAUCAAACAAAUGGUUUGGUAUAAAUAAAAUAUACUUCAAACAUCAUGAUGGAUAUAUUCAUCUUUAAAUAAUCCACUUUCUGUAUGUACAAACUGUUACUGUGAUUGCGGAGUUAUUUAUCUUCUCAUCGUCUGAUACAAAACCACUAAUCUGCUUAUUAAAGGACAACAAGCAAGGAUUUUAUUAUUUAUCCUUUACCCGAG